AUGACUGAUUCAUUAAAGACAGUUUCAUCUCCUGCUGUUGAAAGUAGUGGCCUUAUGAAUAAGAGUUCCUGUUGUGGCCUGCAAUGCAUUGUCCCCUAUUCACCAGAACCUGGUGCUUCUGGAGUGUUCCUAUCAUGGGACCCCAUCCUCCUGGCUGUCCUAGAGCAAGAGGGUCCAAGAAAACCUGUACUCUCUGGUUUUCAAAGUCAGAUGUUCUGGGGAUUCAUCUUCCCUGGGUCCUCUUUGCCUGGGGUUCCCAGUGUGGGAGUCUGGUCCUUUCCCCACUCUCCAUGCCUGCCAGAUGAUCCCUCCUACAGACAGUCCAAUGGGUCAUUUUCGUGCCCGGACUUACCGCUGCCCUUUCUACCCUCUUCUAGGAAAGAGAAAAAUCCUUACAGUCUUCUCUGGAAUAUAUUUGUUGACACUAACUGGAAAUCCGUUAUCUGUGCUGUGAUGUGGGACCAUCCACAAACUCCAAUGUACAUCCUGCUGGCCAAUUUUUCCUUCCUGGAGAUCUGGUUUAUCACCUCCACUGUCCCUAAUAUGCUAGCCAACUUUCUCUCUGAGGCCAACACCAUUUCGGUCUCUGGCUGCUUCCUCCAAUCCUACUUCUUCUUCUCCCUGGGCACCACUGAGACCUUCUUCUUGUCUGCCAUGGCCUUUGACCAGUACCUUGCUAUCUUCAGGCCCCUGCAUUACCCCACUGUCAUGUCAGUUCAGCACUGCAUCAGAACAGGAGCUGGGUGCUGGGUAUGUGGCUUCCUGUAUUUCCUGUUGCCUAUUUACCUGAUCUCUCAGCUCCCAUUUUGUUGUUCCAGUAAGAUUGAUCACUUCCUGUGUGACCUAGACAUCCUCAUAAAUCUGUCCCGUAUGCCAUUUCCUGCCACUGAGAUCAUCUGUGCCAUCUUUAACUCAGUCUUCAUUUUCCCCACCUUUCUUUUUAUUGCCAGCUCCUACGUCCUGGUGAGUAGAACUGUGCUCAGGGCCUUCUCCACGUGUGGCUCCCAUCUGGCUGUGGUAUCCCUGUUUUAUGGCUCUAUCAUGGUUGUAUAUGUAAGUCCAACAGCAGACAAUCUAGCUGAAGUAAUUCCUUGCUCUAUCAUCUCUGAAGUAAGGAGAUGA